CCGCUUCCAUCUCGCCUCGCAACACGGAAGGUAGCGAAAUGGCAGAGAUUCAGGGCGGACAUCAGCAACCCUAGAACCAGCACAAACAAUAAUGGUCUGAUUCCAUCCACCAAACGUCUUUUUUAUCGUGGGCUUAUCGCUUGUCCGUUUCGCAUGACUGACCGACUCCGAACAAGACUCCGCUCGUUCCCCCUCAUUCUGCUCCUCGUCUAGGGAAACGGGGGGAAUCAAUCUUACUUUGCCUUUGCGCUCGAGCGCUCGCUCCCAUGGUGCACGUGGAUCGUGAUGGAAAGACGGGACGGGGUAGGAUAGCAAAAGGUCCUUGUACUCUAGUCUCCCGCCUCGAUUGCUUCAUGUUGAUGACAAUGGUGAAGGGUAGACACAGCUACCCCUCUAUCCUCUCUGACACCCAACGUCACCCUUGCUCGCCCCUCCUGCCUCUCUGA